AUGAUCCGGGGUGUGGAGGCGCCAAUGGCGGACAACCCGCCGCAGCCGCCGCCCGUCAUCUUCUGCCAGGACUCCCCGAAGCGGGUGCUGGUGUCGGUCAUUAGGACGACCCCGAUCAAGCCCACAUGCGGCGGCGGAGGGGAGCCGGAGCCGCCGCCGCCUCUCAUCCCCACCAGCCCUGGCUUCAGCGACUUCAUGGUGUACCCGUGGCGCUGGGGUGAGAACGCGCACAACGUGACGCUCAGCCCCGGGGCUGCCGGGGGCGCCGCCUCGGCUGCCCUGCCUGCCGUCGCCGAGCACUCGGGGCUUCGGGGCCGGGGCGCGCCCCUGCCCACCCCCUCGGCCGCCGCCGCCUCGGGAGGUGAGGACGAGGAGGAAGCGAGCAGCCCGGACAGUGGCCACCUCAAGGAUGGAAUCCGACGUGGCAGACCCAGAGCGGAUACUGUGCGGGAUUUAAUCAAUGAAGGAGAGCAUUCGUCCAGCAGAAUCCGUUGUAACAUCUGUAAUAGGGUGUUUCCAAGGGAGAAAUCGCUCCAGGCGCACAAAAGGACUCAUACAGGUGAGCGACCCUACCUGUGUGACUAUCCAGACUGUGGAAAAGCCUUUGUUCAAAGUGGACAGCUCAAAACCCAUCAGCGUCUUCACACCGGAGAGAAACCUUUUGUUUGUUCAGAAAAUGGCUGCCUAAGCAGAUUCACCCACGCAAACCGCCACUGUCCGAAGCAUCCUUAUGCCAGGCUGAAGCGAGAGGAGCCUACAGAUGCUCUCAGUAAGCCCCAGGCUGUGGACAACCAGGCUGCCGCUGAGUGGUUGGCAAAGUAUUGGGAAACACGAGAGCAGCGUACCCCCACCUUAAAAGGAAAGCUGGUCCAGAAGGCCGAUCAGGAGCAGCAAGACCCCCUGGAGUACCUUCAGUCUGAUGGGGAAGAUGACGAAAAAAGUGGUGCCCAGCGGCGGCUCCAGGAGCAGCGGGAGCGCCUGCACGGAGCCCUGGCUCUCAUCGAGCUCGCCAACCUGACUGGAGCGCCACUCCGUCAGUAGCCUGAGCACUGACUCUCCCACUGUACAAAAGUACUGCCCGGCGUACUUAAAAAGUAGAUCCUUGGGCAUAAGCUAAAGCACCUUAUUUGCUUAUCAUAGGCUGCUAUUCUGUAGAAAUUUAUGAAGAAUGUCAUUGCCCCAGAAGUUGGGGUGAGAGAGAAUUGCACUUUUUUUGUACGGUCAUGGAUUUGUUGUAAAGUUUAAAAUAUUUUGUAAAUAUGGGAUUUCUAGUACAGGGUAGAAUACUACAUAUUGUGGGAAGCUAGAUUUUGCAAGUUUAAGGCAUUCAUUGGAAGCAGUUCUCACAGGAAGCACUUUCUGAGUAAGACACUUGUAUGGAGAAAAAAAAAAAAGAGAGAGA